AUGGCCUUUUCGUUAUAUGAACGGCAAUAUCUUGGCAUUCAUGGGCUUCUUCCUCCUGCCUUCAUGACAGCUGAACAACAAGCCUACCGCGUGAUGUCAAAACUACGCGAACAGCCCAAUGAUCUCGCAAGGUAUGUCCAACUAGACAGUCUUCACGACCGUAAUGAGAAAUUGUUUUAUCGAGUUUUAUGUGAUAACAUCAAGGAACUAAUGCCUAUAGUUUACACACCUACCGUCGGACUUGCAUGUCAGAAAUUCGGAUUCAUCUACCGUAACCCUAAGCAAUUAGUGGUGACAGACGGCGAACGUAUUCUGGGACUUGGAGAUCUUGGAGCAUACGGUAUAGGUAUUCCAGUCGGAAAACUUGCUCUCUAUGUUGCCUUGGCUGGCCUUUAUCCAUGCAAUGGUGUACUUCCAGUCCUACAUAUCGAUUUGACGCUUCUAAACGAUCCAUUCUACACCGGAUUGCGUCGAAAGCGAGUGAGAGGUCCUGAGUACGAUUUACUCAUCGACAACUUCAUGAAAGCCGCCACGAAACGUUUGAAGAUUUCGGAAACCAAGAACGCUUACCGUCUCCUCGAUCGAUACAAGAACGAGUACUGUAUGUUCAACGAUGACAUACAAGGAACGGCAGCGGUAGUGGUCGCAGGCUUGCUGGCAACCACACGUAUUACGAAGAGACCGCUUUCGCAAAACAAACUCGUAUUUCUGGGAGCUGGAGGG